AUGGCUGCCAUAACCUCGUUCGGAAAUCUGUCUGUGAAGCUGCAAAGCAACGCCUUCAUUGCGUCUUUGGCGGUGAGAGCAGAGGCAGCGGACGGCGAUCGGAAGAAGACGGGUGCCGAGCUGCGAGAGGAGUUCUUUUUGGCGGCCGCCACUGGCAAGGAGAGAGGUCUGCCCGAGGGAGCGUUUCUGAACGACAAUGUGGUGGACGGGCCCAUGGUGGACAUCACGUGGGAGCCGUACGGCGACACCUGCAGCGCGCCGGCGAUUGGGGGUGUACACGCGAAAUCAGGAUGCGUAGGAUCGAGAGAGCGAUUCUUCCAACACGCGUCGACCCGUGAGUCGGGAGUUUGCGUUACGGCGUUUGGCAAGGAGGGAGCGAGCGACAUUGACGGCAGCGUCGCUAGCGUAUCGGACAACAGACGUCAGAUCCGAGAAAUUCUUGCCAGUGCCGCUUCACCUGACGCCGACGUGAGCGCGGGAAUGGGCGUGGGAGGGUGCGACUUCCUGCAGUCAGGCUGCGAAUCCGACUGUCCGAUAUGCGCAUCCGCGGGUGCAGGAGGGCGCUCGAGCGAUGGCGAGUCCCCGCCGUGCCUGAUUGGCCUCACCACCGCCGCUCAAUUCGCGCGCAAGGACGCCACGCGGCUUGCCAGGGGGUUCUGGUCGCUGGACUCGAGGGCGCGCGAGGACGUGGCGCUGCUGGGAUCCAAGUUCCUCACGCUCGACGCGCGGGCGCGCGAGGACGCGGGCGUGCUGGAUGCGCGCGCGCGGCUGCGAGUCAGGCGCCUGCGACACCUGGCGCUGGGGUUGGAGGAGAGUGCGCGCGAGGAGCUGAGUCGCCAGGCGGCGCAGCACUGGCGAGAUGGCGCCCUCGCGGCGGAUCUGCGUCUUGCCGACAUGCGCAUGAGGCGGCGAGGGCUAGAAGACGUCUUCCUUGCUCUGCAGGUGGUGAAGAGCCUUCACUCCGCUAUAGUCACACUGCUUCGCCCCGACGUCCUCCCUUCGACUGCACCCUCCACUCCUGCUUCCUCAGCCUCUAAUACCCCUGCCACCACCACAAGAAGAAGCAGCACCGCACUGCACCCAUCGGCACCCCUUCAAGAUAGCUCCGCUGCAUCCACCCCAUCCACCAGUGAAGCCACCAUGCCACCGUCCCCCUCACAACCGCUUCCUCUGACGGACUCUCAAAGUGAGGGUGCAGAGGGGAGUAGAUUGGAGGAGGAUGGGGAAGAAAGGAGGUCUGUGAGCACCAAUCCCCUCACGCCACGUCAGCGGCAGCAUCCGCUAUCCACACUGUCGUUCAAGACGCUUGCUGCACUUGACGAGCUGUACCGAGAGAUUGGCCCACACUCCCUCACACCGUUGGAGGGGGAGGAGGACGGGGAGGAGGAGGAGUGGGGAGUGCUGGGAGUGGGGGGCGAUGACAGCACCACAGAGGAGCUGGGCUUCCUGAUGGCAGCGCUGGUGGACAUGGGGGAGGUGAGCAGCAGCUACGGCUUGGCUCUGCUGCACCGCUGCUGCGCCUCCCCCCACGCCGCUCUGCGCCUGACAGCUGUUGACGCCCUCUCCAGCGCCCCUUCCCUCUCCGCCCUUGGGAAUGCCGGCUUCGCCGUGCUGCAGGCAUUCAGUCGCGCCGCCGCCAAGUGGCAACACGCCGGUUCUGGUGGUGCCACUGAUGACGAGCAGGCAGAUGAGAGCACAGAUGGCGGUGUGGAUAGCAGUGCGGAUGGUGACACGGCGCAGUGGCGGAGCGAGCGACGGUGGUGCGCGGAGUGGGUUGGGACGCGGGGAGGCAUGGCGGACGAGGAUGUGGUGGAGGUGCGUGGAGCGGAGGGCGACGAGCAGGGCGAGGUGAAGGACGGAGCAAGCGAUUACGAGGACUACGGCGACGAUGAUGUGGAUGAUGUCGUGGAUGAUGAUGUGGAUGAUGACGUGGAUGAGGAGGAGGAAGAGCAGGAGGAGGUGGAGGACGAUACGCAAGGGGGGGUUGAGGAGGAGGAGGAAGUACAAGAGGCGGACACCCCGCGGGGCCGCGACAGCCAGUACAAGGCGAGUCGCUGCCUCCACGACGCGUGGUUUUCGGACGAGGAGGGGGAGCGCAAGCGCCUGGGGAUCUUCGCGCCCGCCUCCCCGCGGGAAGCCUCAUCGUCCGCGUCCGUCCCCGCUACAGUGCGCUGCGGUAUCUGCUUCGACGACCACCCUCUCGAAUCGACGGUCGUGAUGGCGCUGUGCGGGCAGCACCGCUACUGCGUGCCCUGCUGGCAGACCUACGUGGCAUCCGCCAUUGCUGACGGGGCGGGGUGCCUGUCGCUGCGCUGCCCUGCGCCCAAGUGUGGCGCAGCAGUGGAGGAUGCGCACAUCCUCGCGCUCCUCGCGGACGCUGCUGCGCCCGCCCAGGGGGACGCGCUGGGGGAGGGGCGGGGGGAAGCGGGUGGGGAAGGGGUUGUUUGCGCCGAGGAGAAGGGGAAGGGGAAGGAAGCGUUGGAUGACAGGGGAGUCGAUACAGCAGCAGCAGCAGCAGGAGCAGCAGGAGCGGGAGGCACAGAAGUCAGUUCCCGUGAGGCUGCGGCUGGUGGUGCUGCAGGUUCGUCCCAGAGUGUUGGGCGCGGUGGCAAGGCGCGGAGGGUCAAAGGCGCGCCCGCUGCGCCCCUGCCUGCUGCAGCUGAGCCCGGAGGCAGGGCGGCUGCGGCUUGUGGCUCGGCCGCACAGCAGACAGCAGCAGCAGCGGCGGAAGCACCAGUGCAGUCAGCAGCAGCGGCAGGGGGGGCAGCAGCAGCAGGCGGGGCAGCAGCAGCGGGGGUUGGCGAAGAUGAGGGCAGCGGAGCAGCAUUCCCGUGUGGGGCGGGGGUGGCGGCAGCAGCGGCACAGCGGUACCGGCGGUACCAGCUGCGGUCGUUUGUGGAGGCGAGUGAGAGCGUCAAGUGGUGCCCCUCGCCCGGCUGUGACUACGCUAUCCACUCCGAAGGCGGCGCCCCCACCCCCCGCGCCCUGCCAGGCGCGGGGGCGCGCGGGGGGAAGCUGAAGGGGGUGAUGGCGGAGGAGGAGGAGGAGGGCGGCAGGGGAGGGGCGGUGUGGGGCGGGAGCAGGAGCCGGGACGUGCGGUGUGCGUGUGGGCAUGAGUGGUGCUGGCACUGCCUGCAGGAGCCCCACCGCCCCGUCGACUGUGAACUCGUGCGCAAAUGGGUCGUCAAAAACAGGUCCGUGCCUCGCCCUGCCACUGGCGCUGCUGGGAGCAUGGGUAAGGGUGCGGAGUCGGAGAACAUGAAGUGGAUUCUGGCCAACAGCAAGGCGUGUCCGCGCUGCCAGCGGCCCAUAGAGAAGAACCACGGGUGCAUGCACAUGACGUGCUCGCCGCCGUGCCGCCACGAGUUCUGCUGGCUGUGCCUCGGCGACUGGAAGGAGCAUGGCGAGGGCACCGGGGGGUUCUACGCCUGCAACCGAUACGAGACCAGCAAGAAGAAGGGCGAUUACAAUGUGGAGGAGGAGCGGCGGCAGCGGGCGCGGCAGUCACUGGAGCGGUACCUACACUACUUUGAACGCUGGGCCAGCAAUGAACAGUCGUGGCGCCGCGCGCAAGAGAGCCUCAAAGAGGUGGAGCAGCACCAGGCGGAGCAGCUUCGGGGGCUGAUGGGCCUGCCAGCAGCGCAGAUGAAGUUUCUAUCGGAGGCGUGGCAGCAGAUCAUAGCGUGUCGCCGCAUGCUCAAGUGGACCUACGCCUAUGGCUUCUACCUCUCCGACCACCAGCCCGCCCGCCGCAACCUCUUUGAAUACCUCCAGGUCUGUCUGUCCCACGUGCCUUGCCCCCAGGUGGGUCUCAGGUGCCUUCAGGGGCAAGCGGAUGCGGCGUUGGGGUGGCUGCACAAGGCAGCGGAGAAGGAUGUGGAGGCGUUUGUCCCCUCGCACUUCAAGGGCUCCUUCGACGCGCACGCCGCGCCCUCCCCUGCCGCCCUCUCCCCCCAGCCAGGGCGCCUGCGAGCAGUGUUGGGUGUGGGGGGAGCAACGGGCUCACCUCAGCCCCACCAACCACUGCAUGCUUCCCUUGCGGAUGCGGCGUUGGGGUGGCUGCACAAGGCAGCCGAGAAGGACGUGGAGGCGUUCGUCCCCUCGCACUUCAAGGGCUCAUUCGACGCGCACGCCGCGCCCUCCCCCGCCGCGCUCUCCCCGCAGCACCGCCUCUCCGAGUUCCUCGCCUUCCGCUCCCACCUCACUCGCCUCACCGCCGUCACCCGCACCUUCUUCCAUAACCUGGUCACCGCGCUCGAAUCCGGGCUGUCUGAGAUCCCUGAGGAUGUGCCCAAGGGGGAGGGGGAUGCGGUGCUGCUUGCAGUACAGGCACACGGGAGUUAUGGGAUGAGGGAGAUGGGUGGGGGGUUGGCGAUGGCGAGGCAGUGGCACCUCGUAGGGGUGGACCAUGGACGGACGGGGGAGAGUGUGGAGGUGAAUAGGUGGGAGGAGGGAGGUGAGGAGGUGGGGAGUGGAGGAGGCGAGGAGCGGCAUCAGAGCAGGGCAGCCGCGAGCCAGGACUCAACGCGGUGGUCCUCCUGGUCCGACCCCGUUACGAGCGCCAGGAAGUCCUUGUACUCUAUCUGCUUUGACCCCGCCUCCUCACUGCCCUCUGCUCCCUCUGCUCCCUCUGCGCCCUCUGCGCUCUCUGCUUGGGCCGACCCCACCCUGUUGCCCUGA